CCGAUUCCUUUCUUCACCGCAAUCCCAGGUGGGAUGAAGCCAUCCAAGGUGGUCACUGUGUCAGGCAUUGUGUCUCCCAAUGCUACAAGGUUCCAUAUCAACCUGUGUGCUGGGACUGACAUCGCCUUUCACUUCAACCCUCGAUUCAAUGAAAGAUGUGUGGUCCGAAACACUAAGAUCAUGGGCUCCUGGGGGCAAGAGGAGCGCUGGCUGUCUGGCAACAUGCCCUUCAUCCCAGGAGAAAGCUUCACAGUACAGAUCACAUGCGAAGCUGACUGCUACAGGGUGACUGUGGAUGGCCAGCCCCUGCUGACAUAUGAGCACCGCCUGCAGGACCUGCUGUCCAUCAGUCAUCUGGAAGUAACCGGUGAUAUUACGCUUAUGGAUGUGCAGGUCUAG